AUGGGGGGGGGGACCAAUCGUGGACCAGAAAUCAUCCUGGUGGGAUUCCAGCUUAGUAAAGACACUGAAGUGCUCCUCUCCUGUGUCUUCUCCCUGUUAUAUAUCUUCAACCUGCUGGCAAAUGGUGUGAUCUUGGGACUCAUUUGGCUAGACCUCAGACUGCAUUCCCCCAUGUAUUUCUUCCUUUCUCAUCUGGCUAUCAUUGACAUAUGCUAUGCUUCCAGCAGUUCGCCCAAUAUGCUGGAAAACCUAAUAGUUUUGUUUGUGACUUGUGCUGGUGAAGAGUGCCUGAUUUUGGUAGUGAUGGCCUAUGAUGGGUUCGUGGCAAUCUGCCAUCCGCCCCAGUACACUGUCAUCAUGAACUGGACAGUGUGCAUGCUCCUGGUCAUCGCUAUCUGGGCAUGUGGAUUUUCCCUAGCCCUAGUACAUGUAAUUCUCUCUCUAAGGUUGACUUUCUCUGGGCCCCAGGAGGUCAACCACUUCUUCUGGGAAAUCCUAUCUGUCCUCAAAGUGGCCUGUGGUGAUACUUGGAUCAAUGAAGUUUUUGUCUUUGCUGGUGGUGUGUUUAUCUUAGUUGGGCCCCUCUCCCUGGUGUUGAUCUGCUACGUGUGCAUCCUCUGGGCCAUCCUGAAGAUCCAGACAAAGGAGGGGUGCAGAAAAGCCUUUUCCACCUGCUCCUCCCACUUCUGUGUGGUUGGAGUCUACUUUGGCAUAGCCAUGAUGGUUGACUUGGUCCCAGACAAUAGUCAACGUGAGGAGCAGCAGAAAAUCCUUACCCUGUUUCACCCCUUCAACCCAUUGCUGAACCCUCUCAUCUACAGUCUAAGGAAUGCUCAGAUGAAGGCUGCUUUUAACAGAGCAUUGCAGAAAAAGAGGGCCAUAUGA